ACGUCCAAGCAGUGGCCCAUUCCGAGAGCUAAGUUGAGCCCGAUUUUCUACUGAAUUAAGGUUCACUCCUGAGUUAAGAUUCACUCCUGUUGGGCCCGAUUUUGAACUUCAAUAAUCGAGUUUUUUUUUAAAAUUGCGGUUUAAAAUCGAUUAGGUGGCCUAUUUUUGAACACAGCGGACAGGUCGCGCUCUCGGAUAAAAAAUUGGAUUUAGAGUUUUUAUCCUUCCGUCAUGCCAAAGCGUAACAAGGAAGAAAUUGUUUUUGAUGACGGAGAGCACAAGAACAGUGAAGAAUAUCCUAUAGCCAUUGGAGAUGGCUCUGAAGAAGACGAUAAUGAGAGUAAUGAAGAUCUUAGCUUGAAGAUAUUAGAGAAAGCGUUAUCGAGGCGUGAUUCCAAUAAUUCAAAGGAGAUAAGUAUGUUGGAUCUAUCCGGUUCUGGUGUAGUAAGUAUUGUGAUUUUCAAUGGAGAAAACUCAAAGAGUAGUAAGAAGAUGAAGGAAACCAAUCCAGAAGAUGCCCACGAAAUUUCCAUUGGUUCAAAAGACCAAAGUGAGGAUAAGAUGGUGGAAGAUUUAACAAAAGGAAAAGAUGAUGAUGAUAAUGUUAAGGUUGAGAGAUAUGCUGAACCGAAAGCUGGAGAAAUAUCUAGUAAUAUGGUUUUGAAAAAGCUUCUUCGUGGAGCGAGGUACUUUGACCCUCUUGAUGCUGGGGAGAGUUGUUAUAGUUGUGGAGAGCAAGGGCAUGUAACUGUUAAUUGUCCAACUCCAAUCAAGCGUAGGAAGCCUUGCUUUAUAUGCGGGAGUUUGGAACAUGGUGCAAAACAGUGUUCAAAGGGACAUGAUUGUUAUAUUUGCAAAAAAGGUGGCCACCGGGCAAAAGAUUGUCCGGAUAAGUAUAAAAGUGGGUAUAAAACAGCCAUAUGUUUAAGAUGUGGAGACUCUGGACAUGACAUGAUUUUGUGCAAGUAUGAGUACUCCCUGGAUGAUUUAAAGGAUAUACAAUGCUAUGUCUGUAAAAGCUUUGGCCAUCUAUGCUGUGUUGAACCGGGUAACUCACUGUUAUGGACUGUGUCUUGCUAUAGAUGUGGUCAGCUGGGUCACAUUGGACUGGCUUGUGGUAGGUACUAUGAGGAAAGCACCGAAAAAGAUUCUGCUAGUUCAUGUUUUAGGUGUGGGGAAGAAGGGCAUUUCUCACGUGAAUGCCCGAAUUCGUCGAGCAUUAGCACUUCACAUGGCAGAAACUCACCUAGUUUAUGCUACAGAUGUAAUGGAGCAGGACAUUUUUCUCGUGAAUGUCCGAAUUCCUCUCAAGUCUCCAAGAGGAAUCAUGAGUUAUCUACUCCAUCACAUAAAUCUAACAAGAGAAAUAAACAAAACUCGGAACACACUCCUACUCCCCAUGAAUUCAACAGGAAGACGAAGAACAAAGAAAACACUGAACACAUUUCUACUCCCCGUGAAUCCAACGGAAAGACGAAGAAUAAUAAGAAUAAAGAAAACUACGGUCGCUGGUAGUAUCAAUUGAUAUUGUCAGAGACGAUUAUUAUGCUUGAUGGUGUUUGUUGGGAUCAAAUGUUAGCUUCACUAGACCUCUUGUAUUUGAUUUGGGCACUGAUGUCAGCUUCUUGUUGUUUUGUUCUCUUCUCUUACGCAAGUAGUUUGUUCAGUCUUCAUUUCCUUUGCUCAAGUAAAUUGCUCAGAUUUUCCUUUGUUAUAUCUGUUCUUUAAUUUAACUUUUGAA